UUGACAAUUCGUAUCGUCGCAAAUCGCGACAGUGCUGCUGUUUAAUGUUUAAUAGAAAGGAAUGCUAUGACGAGUUGAUUAACCAUGCUUGUAUCAGUUUAUUUGAGCAUAAAAUAAUAAAUGAACGAUAUUUUUUAUUUAAUCCUUAAAGGCAAAGUCACUUUUGCUAUACGGAUUGUAAUUAAAUGACAACUAUUUACAAAUAUUACAUGUUAUUGAGCAACUGAUCAAGAGUAUUACGUGUUUAAUAAACAAACAUUACUAAUUUUAAACUGAAGAAACAUAAAAUUCUUCGAAGAAAGCAUAGAAGUAUUCAUCGCGUGUCAAAUGUGAGAAUUAAUUCAAAAAACAGAGGUUAUGAUUAAGAAGAGAAGAGAAGAUGGUUGAGUGUAACAACCUGAAUGUUUCUUUUUAAAAUCACUUAUUAAGUCUUAUUAAAUCACCUGUGUAUUUGCACCAUUUAAGAUUGCAAUCAUGUCAGGUAAAGGAAAACAAAGUUCUAAGAAAGCUAUUGUUAAAGUGAGAGAAUCUGGGAAGUCCUCUACGCUUGUACAAUCUUCAACGCUUAAUUCAGAUACAAGUACAGAGAGCACAGAGACUACAUUGUCCUUACCAAUUUUAAAAAUUGCCGAUAACAGCAGGCUUCUUCCAAGGUACAGUAGCAUUCUGCAACGCAGUGCGGAAGAAGGCGUGGGUAUGGAAGACCUCGAUACGUUGCAAUUAGAGUUAGAAAUGCUUCUCUCAUCGGUGGUUGUAAGACAUCGUAUGCUUCAAGAGGAAAUAGCAAAUUUAUCUUCAGCGGAAGAACGUAGAGAUAAAAGGUCUAAAAGUGGGAAAGGUCUUUCUCUUCUCGACAAAAAGGUCAGAGAAGAAAAAUUCAAACCGAAAGAAGUGAAUGCGAAAACACAGUCACCUCUUCCCGCAAAACUGUUUAAACAGAAAGCUAUUGCCAGUACGAAUUCUCAAGUCAUUCCAAAUGUACACGAAAUUUCAAGAAUCGAAGGUUCCAAGUCAGAAUCACCAAAGUUACUAUUACCAAAAAAUGACACGCCUAAUAAAUUUUGGGCGUCCGUCGAUCCGUAUUGUACAGACAUUAUGCCCGAUGAUAUUAAAUUAUUAGAAGAAUUAAUCGCCACUCAUAGCGAUGUUAGCGACUUCAAAAAGAUUCCUCCGUUGGGUCGGCAUUACAGUUUAAUGUGGGCGCACAGUGAUUUGCUGCAAGAAGAGGAUGCGGCAAACCCAAACAGGGAUAAGAAGAAGAACCGUUCAGACGUGUCCCUUUUGGUAGCAAAGAAUGAUAGGAAAGCUCAUAGUAUAGCGGGGCCUCUUACUCAAAGACUGGUAUCUGCUUUGCUAGAGGAGAAUGUUUACGUAGCGAAUAAUAAUGCAGAUAAUAAGCUAUUCAGGGACAGCGAUCCCCCUGUCUUAAGAGAUCUUACUAUUCAAAAUUCCAUUAAUUUAGAAUUAAGGAUGCAUAAAGAGCUCGUAGAGCAAGGAAUUUUAGAACCGGAUGCACAAAAGAAGUGUCAGGAAGACGAUGAAAUUCUAGCAGAAAUUAAAAGAUGUCAGCAAGAACUUACUGCGCUUUCUAAUCACAACGUUACACAGUUGAAGAGGCUGCUGAAUUUAGCCCAAGAGGAGAGCAAGCGACAAGCGUUGAAAAGAAAAAUAAGCACUGCUGACAACGAAGUGAUAGAACAUUACAAAAAACUUAUGUUAUCGAAACAAAGAAAAGUACCAUUAACGAAGAAGGAACAGGACAAGGCAUGGGCGUGUCUUAGGGAAAGAGAAAAUCUGUUAGAUCAACUGAAUAUGUUACCGCAUAACAAUGUAGGAGAACCUAUAGGUUUUGGCACUACAAAUUAAUUUAAAUUUUUUUUACUCUACUGUAUAAUAUGAUAAAGCUAUAUAAAAAAAAUUUAAUUUCCAAAGCAAUUAGUGUACUUCUUUUACACUACAGUAAUAAGAACUUCUUUGAUCAUUGUCACUCGACUUAUGUUUCUUAUUCAAUAAAUAUAUAGUUUAAACUA